GCUAGUUUAUUCAGGUUCCAAGGUGUUCUUAGCCGAACACUUGAUAAGAAAGCAGUCACGAAUCGCUCUCAAUUGCCCUGAUCGUGCCGACGAGACAGGACCCAAAAAGUUCUCCAUGAUGAUGUACGCCGCGUUACUCAUUACCUUGUUUUUUGUUCCCGGGUUAUCAGAAGCUGCCUGCGGUCAGCGGCCAAGCCAGUCUCGUGUCAUCAAUGGAGUCGACGCUACUGCGCACGCGUGGCCAUGGCAGAUCAGUCUGCGCAUGAUGAGCAAAAAGGGUGAUGAUUAUCAUUUCUGUGGUGGCUCUCUCAUUGAUAGUGAGUGGGUACUGACCGCUGCUCAUUGUGUCGCUGGCAUCCGCAAUCCGCGUCGCUACUCAGUCUAUGUUGGCGCGCACGAACUUGAUGGAACAACCCAAGUCGAAGAAAAAAUCAGCAUCUCCAAAAUCUACAGCCAUGAGAAGUACUCGUCUUCUCUACUGACGAGUGACGUAGCGUUGAUUAAGCUUUCCAAGGCUGUAAGUCUCUCCAAGCACGUGAACACCGUCUGCCUACCAUCAGGGCUCAGCUCAGACGAGGCGCCUGCAGGCUCGAAAUGCUUCAUAACUGGGUGGGGUAGGAUGGUAGCUGGUGGGUCUGGCGCCAACACCCUCCAGCAAGCGGAUCUCCUGGUGGCUUCGCACUCCGACUGUCAGGCCAGAAUGGGCUACAUGUUAUCCGUCGACAAGGCGACCAUGAUCUGCGCUGGCAGCCAGGGCAAGGGCGGUUGCCAGGGCGACAGCGGAGGGCCGUUCGUGUGCGAGGAGGGGGGCAAGUGGGUCUUGAGGGGCGCGGUGAGCUGGGGGCAUGUCAACUGCCUGACGGACCACUACACCGUCUUUGCGCGCGUCAACAGUUUUAUCAGCUGGAUCAACGCUAAGAAGGCUGGCUAUAAAGGUCGCCGUUAAUCUUCAUGACGUCAAACAGUAGCCUUCCAAUGAUGUAAAAUCUCAUGGCACGUUGAAAUAAAUAUACGUUUAAAUCAAAA